AUUCAAUUCUCUCACUCCUCUGGGAAUUGUCCUUCUUGUCUCUAUCCUCCUUUACCUCACCGUCUCCUGUCUGUUGCUGGCUAUUUUGCUCCUUUGUUGCUUAUCAGAUUCACAGACCUUCAACAUCACAAUUCCUCGCAGAAUCCCGUGGCAGCAACUACGCAGUGCGCACCACCCCCUUAGACCCUUCCUCCCCCCAGCGUUAUUUCGCGGUCCACCGCCCGAGGGCCCCCCGAGUCCUGUCGCUUUUGGGCCAACGUCCCCGAUCUAAACUCCACACCCUUUCCUUUCGCCUCCUACCGUCGACGACAUUCUCUCUCUUCCCCCCAAGAGCACCACCUCCACGACACGACCACACGCAGAGAGGAGUGUGCUCUCUACCUCAGCAACCCCUCCUUGCACCGACUACACCAGACCGAGUCUGCGAAACUUCAUGAAUACUUUCGGCUCGUUCGCGUUCCUCUAGCAGCCCUUUACUUGCCUUAGCAGCGGCUAUCACAAAAACCCCGACCCUCUUUCCCUCCCAAAUUCCCUCUCCGUCUACGUCAAAGACUCAAUUUUUGGGGGAAAAAAAGAAGGAGACUCGACCACUCUGAACAGCGCUCGCCUCCCACUCGACCGCGCCCAAUUCAGCCCUUAUACUACCCUCUCGAUACCCUCGAUACCCUCUGCAUACUCGGCUCUGCUCUACCCGCGACGAACAGGCUCCUGCUGCCAGAUCUUUAACGAUCUCCCUCUCUCGUCGCCCUGCGCUCGCGCCCGACUCAUUCCGCUCGCCCUCGUCACGGAAGCUGAGCCAGGACUCGCUCCAUGGAAAGUCGAGCUGCCACAACUGAAUCCAAGCAUACAUAUCCAACGUCUCCUUGGAUCCAAGCCCCAACGAUAUCAUCGUCUACUUCGGGCUCCUACUUCGGUGACGCUUCCUCUCGCGUUCCGGCCCAGCUAGACUUCUGGCCCUUGCUCUUUCCGCAGCAAGCCUCAGUCUACCAAGCGCAGUUGCUACAUUACACUAAUCUCGUCUCACCGGGACGAGGAGGCGGCUUGCACCAACCUCAAGCGCUUCCUCAGGCGACGGUGGCUACCCCUCAGAUCCAGGCGGCCCCUCGGUCCAGAUCAUCCUCCAAGGUGUCAAACAAGGAAAUCUCCUCAACCAAGUGUUCCCAAGGAGGCCAUGGGAAUAGAGCCGUGCAGACUAAAGACAAAGGCGAUCGCGCUGUCAUAACAGGCAAGGACGCUCCGCCCAAGAUGCAGCAGCCAUCGCAGCAACAACCGGAGCUUUCACAUCCACUCCCUGCACGCCCUGCAGCCAGGACCGGCAAUGGACAGUCUCAUUCCAACUCAAUGCCCUCGACUCCCCAACAACAUGCUAGAAACUUCUCGUUCGAGUCGCGGGAACCUUCGCCAACCGCCACAAACAAUCACUCUCCUCGCUCUGCCUACUCAGAGACCAACAGCAACCUUCCCUCAUUACGACCCCUCCCUCCCCGGCUUGGCGGCUGCAAAUAUGAGACUUCUCAGAUCAACUCGAAGAGGCGUAUGCCCUACAGCAUAGGAAGCGACAAGCUGGAUAAGACCAGCCUCGACAAGAUCAAGAGCAAGUUGUCGGAUGAUGUGGAGACGAAGCUGACCACAGAUAUGCGGGAGUUGUACGACAGGUUACGACCGACUGACAAAGUUGAAGAAAACCGUCAAAAGCUUGUCGUCAAGCUGGAGAAGAUGUUCAACGAGGAAUGGCCUGGAAAUGACAUUCGCGUGCACCUCUUUGGCUCCUCAGGCAACUUGCUUUGCUCGGACGACGCUGAUGUUGAUAUCUGCAUUACAACGUCUUGGAAGGACUUGGAAUAUGUCUGCAUGAUUGCAGCAUUGCUUGCGAAGAAGGGCAUGGAAAAGGUCGUCUGCAUCUCAGGCGCCAAAGUUCCCAUCGUCAAAAUUUGGGACCCCGAGCUCGGCCUCGCUUGCGACAUGAAUGUGAACAAUACUCUGGCGUUGGAGAACACGAGAAUGGUCCGAACAUACGUCGAGAUCGAUCCUCGAGUGCGGCCCCUGGCCAUGGUCAUCAAGUACUGGACACGGCAGAGGAUUGUAAACGAUGCUGCGUUUGGUGGCACCCUCAGUUCUUACACCUGGAUCUGCCUCAUCAUUGGAUUUCUCCAGCUUCGCGACCCGCCAGUGCUUCCCUCCCUUCACCAGCGUCAGCAUCAGCGGCUCCCUAAGAAUGGCGGGCCCGAGAGCGCAUUCGCUGAUGACUUGGAAAAGCUGAGCGGAUUCGGCGCAAAGAAUGAGGCGUCUUUGGGUGAGCUCUUGUUCCAGUUCUUCCGCUUCUACGCACACGAGUUCGACUACGAUAAGUACGUUAUAUCGAUUCGUCUUGGACGGAAGGCAACGCGAAUGGAAAAGGGAUGGCACAUUGGCAUAAAUAACCAUUUGUGUGUGGAGGAGCCAUUCAACACCGCUCGCAACCUGGGCAACACUGCGGAUGAGUACUCGUUCCGUGGACUUCAUCUGGAGUUACGACGAGCGUUUGACCUCAUCUCGGAAGGGAAACUGGGUGAAUGCUGCGAACAAUACGUCUACCCCAAAGAAGAGACGCCGGUGUUCCAGCGCCCUCCAAAUACUUCGAGGCCGGUCAUGAUCCGCAGUUCUUCUCAGCAGCACUCCGGUAGGGGCCGUGGAAACUUCCGUGGAGGCCGACACUCGAACAACUUCCAGCGGAAUACAAACUCGAGCAGGAGAGCUUCGUCCAGCGUCGCUUACGACACCAACACCAUGUACAUGCCCCAAGUGGCUAUGACUCCCCAGGAUCUUGCGUGGUACGCGCAGCAGGCACAGUCCCACCAGCAAUAUCCCGCGCUUGUAGGUGCAGCCAUGGCCGCCCAGGUUCAGCAAGAAAAUAACAUUCGGUUCCAGCUCUAUACUCAAUCCCAGGUUUAUCAGCAAGUCCAGGCCCAGAUGGCCGCCCAAAUGCACGCUGCUCAGAGGAUGCAGGGGUCCUCUUCAGCUACGCAGCAGGGUCCAGAACGGUCCAGGACCAACUCCUUCGACAACCCGCCCCUGAGUGCUCCCAUCGCUGGCCCUCAAGAUUGGUACAACAUGUACGGAGUACCCAUGGCGGCGUAUUACGGCCAGUCAAGCUUCGCUUAUCCCUCUUCGCCGGCGACAGUGGCGACUAGCACGCCAGAAUAUCGAAGAGGCCUUCAAAGAUCGUCGGCAACAACAGAGUCGGGCGCCUCGACUUCCGGAAGCUCACUAAGGUCGCAGUCACAGCCUGCCUCCCGCUCUGCUCCUACAGCACAGCACAACCAGGCUUAUACAGGAACCAGCGCGUCGGUUAAUACCAAUUCAAAUCCCACUCGGCAAGUGAACGGAAUCCCGGUCUCGAACGGCGUUCCAGGCGACGCCGAGUACGACGAAGCCUCCCAGGUUCCAGCGAGCGAUUCACCUGCCUCUGACGAAGGAGCUUAUUUGGGUUACUACGUUUCAGAUGCCUCCAGUCCGGCGCACUCCCAAGUAGCGCCCAACGCCAUAGCCUUUGCGGACACGACCCAGCCAGCCCAGGGACGGCGUAGGUUGUCAACCGAGGUUCCGCAGACUAUCCUGGACCGCAGAAUGCGAAGGACAUCUCGUUCACCGUCUCCCCUUGGCCAUGCCCGGGCGUUCUCUAGCGGAGGUAGCUCGGUAGCAUCCGCUCCGGUGGUUGCGUCUGGCAGUACAAACGGUCCUCGAGCAGCCUCGCGGCCUUUGAUAGUCAACGGCACUGGAUCAUCUCUUCGCACGAGUUCGACGCCAUCACAACGUCAUAACCCUGCCGUGGUUUCAACGGAAUCAAACCCAACUGACGAUCAAGGCCGCUCGUCUCAGGAAAACACGCUGCAAGUUCAGGGUCUCGGCAUCAGCGGUUACAACUCAGAUCAGUUGGAUGGCCAGGCUUUUCCAAGGUCUGAAUCAGUUCAAAUUCCCGUGUCUGAGCGGACUCCGGUGAUUGUCAACGGUACUACCACGCCAUCGUCGGCCACCAAUGCGACUGCCUCGGCCUCACCGGCUUCUGUUUCUGCACCCCAGCAGUCUGCGUCCCAGGCGAUCGACGACGCUUCAUUCCGUGACAGGAUUGCACUUAUGUCGAUGAAUCAGUAUGCUUGGUCACCGCAAGCUCAAGUGCAAUCGCAGCCAUAUCCAGAUAUCGCAAAUGGCACGCAGCCAUCCCUUCGCCAGAGAGCGCUAUCCAGACAGCAAAGUGGAGUAAUAGCGCCACUUGAUCUCGCAACUCGAGAAAAUAGGAUGAAUGGCCACCAGUUGAGCAUUGACGCACAGCACUUGUCGCCAAUCAAUGAGACCAGAUCUCCUUCACCGACAGUUGUGAGAAAGAAUGACUUUGCAUCGAGAGUUGAUCAGCUUCCGUCAGCUUCCCAAAGCUCGGCACCCAAGGCUCACGCCGAGCCUUCUGGCUCAGGACACAGACCGAACGACAGCAAGGGCUCGGUUGGAAAGGAAUCCAAGCAAGGGCAUGCAUCUACUCAUUCGCCGAAGCGAUCCUCGACGGCCAACCAGCGCUCAUCCCAAGCGACAGCACAGUCUCAGUCGCAGUCACACAGCUCCGGUCAGGCUCAGGUCCAAUCCCCAAGGGUCAAUGGCGUUCGAGAGAAUGGCCACACACGCAGUGCCAAAAGCGAAAGCCACGGCCCUGAGAGCUCAUGGCAGAAGGCCACAAAGGGCCGCAAAAAGGGUGCUGACACGAAGAACCACGGCGGAUCUGCCUCUAGCGAGCAGCCACCCAAGCACGACGCAGACCGAAAGGGCGGCUAAGGGCAUGAGAAACACGUCGCAUUUGCACACGACUGCGGUUUUCACUGCACGGCAGAAAGCUACUCGUGCUUUCUUGGAUAGGGCACAGGCAAGACGAGUGGUCUCUGCAGAAACAGAUGGCUAUCCUAUUGCAAACUUUGGCAAUGCAUAAGUAUUGGACACUCUGCUUCUGGAUUAGAGCAAUGAGUUUGGUCAUUAGUCGUAGGAGACACUCUGCAAUGCCCUCGCGGCCUAGAGGUGGUGAGCGGGGCCUCGGGAAUCGAGUCAGUACGGCGACGAACACCGUUCACCAGGUAGACUUAUAGUGGUCAAGUCCUGUUCGAUGGUGGCCACCACAACUGGCAAAAGCAAACAAACAUCAGAUCAGCGAAUGGGCACGAGAAUCUGCAGACAGACAGCAACACAUUGAUGAAUUGCGAGGGGAGGAAUGCCAGUUCAGCGAGACGGUAUUGGCUCAAGCAUGGAAAUUGGAGAGAGCAUUGCUAUGCCUCCAUUGUCUUUUUUUUUUUUCGUUCGCCCCUAUCGAGGUCUCUCAAAAGGGGGAACACUGUUGCGUUAUAUUGGGCGGCAGGGUUUAUCAUUUGUCUCAUUGCAUCUGCAGCAACGGUCUUCGAAAUGGGUCACGGUUAGGCAUGCGUCAUCAAGUUUCUUUUUGUCAACAAAGUCAUACCAUGGGGGAUAGGGUACAUGGAGAGGAAGCAAGACGGUGUGUGGAUGAUAACGGAACAAGGGCUGUAUUUAGGACGGCUUCGAUUGUCAUGAAAUACCCGGCGGGGAAUGGUCGGGCAUCUGUCUCUAAAGAGAGAUGACAGAGGAAGCCAGCAUGACCGCAUCAAAGGAGUGGAAAAAAGACAUCAAUGAUCAGUGUCAAUGUAAGCAGAUAGACGGGAAGCGUU